UCGUUUCAUCUCAAAUCCCAUUCGCUAUUGUACCUGCCCAAUAGCAGAGACCGAGCGCGUUUUAACUCGGAUGGCAUUUUUCAUUUCAUCAUUACAAUCUAGUGCAAGUUUGACGCAGUGAUCUCUGAGCUCUCAUUCUGACCAUCCUCGGGAGCUGUUUUCUUCUCUUUCAAAUAGUUUUAACCAAAAACAAGAUCAUCUUUUCCGGUGUUGUUUUUCCUAUAUACGUUUUGAUGGUGAUCCACAUCGGACAGUAAACUGUGAUGGCAGACUCUGAUGCGCAAGAGACUCGCCAAACUGCAAAAGACUCGCCGUUCUCCAUAAAGAACCUGCUGAACAUCGAAGACAAACCCACGAAAACGAAAAGUUUCCACGGCUCUUCCAAAGGAGUGUUUGAAGGUAGCUUCUUCUCUCGGCUCGGUGACUUGUCUUUCCCUCGAUUUGAGUUGCCCACACAGAGAAUUGGACUAUCAGCGCAGUAUUUGGAGAGAGCGUCUACCUGGUGGUACCCAUACACGCUCGGGACUCAUCUGAGGACUGGAGGGUCUGAGAAGGCCAGCCUGAGGGAAGCAUCACCGGCACAGGACAGGCGCUCCCCAGAUCUCCAGAAAAUUAACCAAGAUGCCAAAGAGGAAAGCGCCGACGACGAUAUCGCGCUGGAUGAAAGUGACUCGGAAGAGCCAAAGAAAGAAAUAGACCAGGAGGACGACUGGAGGAGGAAAACGGACGAGCUGGACUCCGAUAGGAAGCCCUGUCGGAAGAAGAAGACGCGCACGGUGUUUUCCAGGAGUCAAGUCUUCCAGCUGGAGUCCACCUUCGACAUAAAGCGCUACCUGAGCAGCUCGGAGAGAGCAGGCCUUGCCGCUUCACUGCACCUGACAGAGACGCAGGUGAAAAUCUGGUUUCAGAACCGGAGGAAUAAGUGGAAAAGGCAACUGGCCGCGGAGCUAGAGGCGGCCAACCUGAGCCAUGCUGCGGCGCAGAGGAUUGUGAGGGUUCCCAUACUUUACCACGAGAAUGGAGCCCCAGAAACGGCCGGGGGCCCCGCUGCACACUCACCGAGCAGCCAGUCACUUCUGGCUUUCCCCCACCACAUGUACUAUUCCCACCCGAUCCCACUGCUGAGGCCUGUUUAACAUUGACUGUGCAUGAUACGCUGUACACAUGUUUUUAAAUUAGAGUGACCUUCAUUGGAAAAAAUACAAUUUUGUACAUUUUGUAGAUUCAACGGACACAAUGUUAGAUCAUGUUGUUAUUAUUAUUAUUAUUAUUAUUAUUAUUAUUAUUAUUAUUAUUAUUAUUAUUAUUAUUAUUAUUAUUAUUAUUAUUAUUAUUAUUAUGUAAUCAUCCUUUCCUGCUAAAACCUCCUUAAGCAAGUCCUUAUUACGGCACCAUUUGGUGUUACUGGAGGGAUAAUAGAAAAUUAUUAUUAAUUAUAUUAUUAUUAUUGGUGAAAUUAUUACAUGCUCAAAGGUGGGUGAAUAUAUUUUAAUGUAUUCGAUUUGAAAAAGAAACUUGUUUUGAACAGGGUUGACUGUCCAUAUGUAUUUUACAGAGAUUUGUGUCAGUGUUUGUAUAAAACAUGUGGAAUUAAAUAUUUUGAUAUUUUCCAAUAUUGUGCAAUAAUGUUGGCUUCACAUUAGGCUACCAGCCAUUGUCACCUAUAUUUCACUUUUACAGAAACAAAAAUCCCUUUUCUCUUUGUAAUGGUGAAGACAAUCAUGUGAUCCUUAAAACAAAUCUCCGAAAAACUGCAUUUAAUGGGUAUUUGUUUAUAUGACGGAAUGUUUUGCCGGUAAUUUAAAAGCCAUGCAAAGAGCCAAAAAUAGCCUCUGUUUUUGUGUAUGUUUUUCUCUGAUAUUGUUAUUGAAAUUCUGUAUAUUAUGGUCUUACACUCAGUAAAGAUUUCGUUCCAAAAAUAUUUGUAUCUAUCCUUAAUAUAAUUGUGAUGAACAUGGAAAUGAAUCCUUC